AAUGAUUUGAGUCACUGUUGAGUCACACUCCACAACCGUACCCCUGAGGCCCCUGACAUCAGACCUUGUGCUUUGCGAUGAUUGGCAAGUUGAAGACAACAGGAUCUUCUCGUGGGAAGGUUUGACGAUGAUGAUGAUGUUUGGCAGCGCCACUUCCGAAUUUGUGUCUAAAGGUGUAAACAGUGUUCCUUUGCCCUUACUGAAAGCAGCAUCAUGGACGUUUCAGUUUCAAGCAGCAUCAUGGACGAUCAAGUGCAACCAGCAACUCUCUUGGAGGCACAUGAAGUGAGGCCCGAAUCGUUCCGACGUCAGUCAACGCGGCUAGCAGAAUACCGUCAGAAAUUGCGAAGGGAAGGCAAUCGCCGGGCCAAACUACGGAGGCGAGGAAUUGUCGCUGUGGUCGUCGCAACAGUAGCCAUUUGCGUCUCGGGGAUAACAUACAAGGCAUACCACCCUGAUUUCACUAUUCAGGAGUAUGUGGAAAUAGAUGUCUCUGUUUUGGAUGCUCUUUUGGGAAGUGCAGCUGGCAUGUUUGUUCCGGUCGAAGAAUCCAGCGAGAAGCUGCUGAAAGAAAACUCCAAGAAGACCAGGAGGGCAAACAAGCCCAACAAUAAACAACCAACAGUACCGAAAGCAGAGAUACCGAAGCCUGAACCCAAGCCACAGCCAAAACCCAAACCACAGCCAAAACCCGCGCCAGAUCCUGUAGUUGCUUUCGAAGCGCCCGAGCCUCCGCCAACUCCUCCCAAAACAGUGCAGAAGCAGGUUGAAACAGUGACACCCAAGAAAAGCGAAAUUGCCACCAAUGCAGUUGAUCUUAAAAAUGACAUGGCCAGUAUAAGGCGUCCCAGGGUGUGUAACAUCCCAAUGGCCUAUCUGGUGAAUCCACGGUGUCGUCGACUGGCAUCGCAGAAACCUGUUUUUAACCUCCAAAGUCUGGUGCAAGACAUGAUGCAAUAGCAAAACUUGUUUGGUUUCAAGGUCGGCAGCAUGCCGACGCUACACACUACGCGAGCUAACCCAACAAUUCACUCUCCUUCUCCCUACUCCUCCAGUUCCCAAGCUAGCUAAACGCAACAACUUCACUCUUCCUUCUAACCCAGGAGUGUCGACAUUGACUCAUUGCUCUUUCCUCUGUCACUAUCCAUUUGAUGAAUCACGAGAAGACCUGCUACAUCAUGACAUGCCCAGCAAAGGCGGCGAAAAAAAACGAGGCUGCGGGAAAAAAACGAGUGUAGCUAGUCAGAGAGCACAUUACAUCUAUCUGGUGAUGGUAAUCCCAAACGCAGGCUAGACAAAACUUUGUCUCCGUCCAUUUGAUGUGAUGGAUGGGAUCUUGGUUACAUCAUGCUGUCUCCAGCGAAUGCUGCGCGGAAUAGCAAGCAAAAAAAAAUGUAGUCAGAAACUACCUUACAAGCGCCUAACAUCUGAUUUGAAACCCAAAACCAGCCUAGCUGUAGGCCAAG